AUGAAAACUAAACUAAAUAAGAAGAAUGGAAUAGUUAAAAGGCAAUUAAUUGAGUAUAAUAAUUUACUGAAGAUUCGAGUUUAUUUACAGAAAAUUAACUCCUGUAUUCAACGGUGGCCGCAUCCCCUUUUAUCCAAUUUAAUAGCUGAAAAUUUACAAUCUCACGAGAUCCAGCAACUAAAUCAAAUUAAAGCUAAUUUACUCCAAAUACUUAAAAUUUUCUUCUCAAAACUCUCCAAACCAAGUUUAAUAAGGUUUAAGCCUGACGUGUUUGGUGAUUUUGACUAUUUAUUGAGGCGGAGAACUUAUUUAUUGGAGCGUUUGGAUUACCUAAACGACAUUUCAAACUUUAACGUUAACCGUUCCUUCAACGUUAUUGACAAUAACAUCUCAUCGCACAUUAAGUUUUUCCACCAAAACCCUGAGAAAUUUAUCAAUAAAUCACACAUCCUCAAUUUACCUCAAAACUUGGUUGGAUUUGAAUUUCUGAGUACAAAGUGCGGAUUUGAAGAGUCUAAGCGGUUACACAUUGCUCAGAUUUACAACGACCAAGUGUUUUAUGUGAAGUUGUUGAAUUAUUUAAUACAAAAUGACGAAAAUUCUGAGAUAGACUUAAAAAACGAAGAAUCCCUCAUUAAAAAUAACCAGCAUAAUAAACUGAGAUUAUCACUGAAUAAAACGGCAAAGGAUAAGAAAAUAAGAUACACGCUCAUCGAAAAAUUACAGAAUUUUGUUGAGAGGACUAAUAACAAAAGCUUUAAUUCGCCAGAAUUCACAAACUUAUUAAUCAACUCACUCUUCAACCAACUCAAUUAA